AUGCGACCACCAAUGGCCGACGGUACAGAAACGCUUGACAGUCUAUCUCGAUCAAUAAACCUGGGGUCAUGUGUACCCUCGACGAAGGGGAAGUGGAAACUGCCGUACUACUCGAGGAAGAAGUCUAUUUCUCAAGGUGGAGAAACUCCGAAAGUUGAAAAUGACCAGGGUCAAAUUUUUCUUACAGACAAGAAUGAUGAAUUGGGGGGUACCACUCCUAAUGCAGAUAUGGCUGCUAAGAACGGGGCCUUUGGUCAUAAGAAACAGGAAAAUAAUAGGGUGUUUGUCAACUAUACGCUGCACGAGAAAAAGAAAGGUGAGAAGGGCAAGCAUUCGAAAAAGGGCAUCAUCAAAAAGAUGCUGGGGUCUAUACUGGAGCCAUCUGCGAUGCUGACUCCACCACCGGUGCAACCCUAUUACGUCGAGGCAGUGCCUCAACAGCAGCAAACACCUGUAAUGUCCGCGUCGGUAAAGUCCACACCUGAUGAAUCACAGCCGGAGCAGCUUAUCUCAAAGAGUCAAUCGGUCAGUGACAUGCCAGCAACUUAUACAUUCAAGACCGAGAAUUCAAACGAUCCGCCAACUUUCAUAUAUUCCACAAAUUACAACAACUUUAAUAAUCAGAGGCAAGGGUUUUACAAGAUUCAAGAGAGGUCGAACAGUAGUAUGGAAAUGGUACCUAUAACGCAAAACAACUUCCAGCAUCAUAACACUAAUAGUAGCAGUAGUAAUAGUACUGAUAAAGGUGGUAACUCUAACAGGAUGAAAUUCCCCAAACAGAAGCCAGCAAACAACAACACUGGUAUGACUUCCGUAUUUGAGGGCACGCCGACGAGGAAACUUGCGGACUCGAGACCGGAGCCGCAGUUCAUGACCAACGAUGCAAGUCUGGAGUUCAAUACCCUAGUUGCGAGGCGAGACCAGAAGGAGAAACUACGGUCCGUGUCCUCUGCCUCAUCAACGACCGGUAGGAUCCCACAGUCGAUGCACUAUCCGAUGAAGCACGUUGCUUCAAAACGAAACCAUUCGGUGAGUUCUGCACUGUACACGAGCAAGAGUCACAACAGGUCUACGCCGAACAUUGUAAAUGCGUCACCGACGCGAAUGAAGUCCAACACGCAUGGGGCCAACAGUGUCUCUGGUAAGCCGGCCAUGUACAGAGUUGGCAAAAGUAACAGGGACUCUGUCCACUCUAUGAGUGCAGCGAACUCGUUUAUCGAUUUGAACACGAGUCCCUUUGGGAACGAGACAUACUUGGACACGAGUCUGCCCAGCUGCGAGGAUGCCGACCACGGUACGUUUGCCAAUGGCCACAAUGGAAGUGAGAUAGGUCUUGAUGCUUUGAAUUACAACAACAGCAACAACAACAACAACAAUGGGAGUUUCGUGAAUGUCUCCGGUGGUAGUCUUGCUGGAUAUUACAAUCAGGUAACGCCAAAUGACUCGACGGUAGCACACACUUUCAACACACCUAAUUUGCUACGAGCCGAGGAACCGUUGAUGAAUCUGAACGAGGGUGAGCCCCUGCAUAAAAGGGUCUCCUCGAACAUUUCGUCAUCACCUGAUGGUCCGACGGAUGCUCCACUGGCCUUCACCGACCGUGGGGGGUCGACAUAUCCAGGGUGGUCCCUGGGGGAGCUGGACAAUGGAUUUAUAGACACGCUUCGAGACCCGUUCGACGGAGACGCACUGAUGCGUGGGGUGCCCCCCGUGCUCCCUGCCGUUUCCGCUGAACCAACAAACAGGGCAGGAUUACAAAUCUCACCUACGAGUGUUCGACAGAACGGUGUAGGCAUCAGUCCGUCAUCGCAAGCGACACCUACCACUACAGAGGCAACGGGGGCAACCGUUGUUGGGGGCAUCGAUGCCGUGGAGGCCAUUGACUUGGAACAGUUACUGGCGAGUGAUACCCUGGGGACCAUAAUGCUGAACAACCCACCACCGCAUGAGGAGUACUUCGCCGCAUUAGCACAGGACAACGAAUACACGAACGAUACAGUGACAAACCUCCGGCGCGGCAAGACGCCGACGCACAGACAAUCGCGUAACGCUGACGCUGCUGCGACGCUGAAGCACCCGACCACCACUGCCCCGCAUCACCACCACCAGCAGCCGCAGCAAGCGCAGUUCGUCAUCCAGACACCGACUAUGAUGAUGGUCAACCGCGGAAUUAACGGCGGCCGGAGCGGUGCGGGGUCCGGACCGGCUGCCCGUGCGAAGUGA